CAGUCUCUGCGCGGUAAAUUCGAGGUACCGCUGGCUUUUAGGAUGAAUGGAGAAAAGAUGGAAGUUACCUGGAAUCCCAGUAAACUCCCUUCUGAAGACGCUAGCGUUAGCUCCGAUCGAGGCGAUGUUCAAGUUGAAGUUCUUGUUAAAUCUCAAAGCACUGUGAGGAGGACUGAAGUAAGAACGCACGUCUUGGCUCUGCUUGACCGACACAGUCUGAUCAUUGGGCCUUACAAAUGGACCGAGUUUGAUGACGACUUCCUGACUAACAAUGUUGCGUCUGUUGCUGUUGUGGACAUCGAUGGAAUGGCUCCCCUUGAUCUAAAGGCGAACAAGCUUUGCAUUUACAUUUUCUCCCUGAAUGACGAUGGACCGAGCACGCUCAACCUGGAGGAGGAAGAAGAGCUCUCUGCAGCCAAUCACUGGCUCCUGCCAGCAGCUGAGUUUCAUGGCAUCUGGGAAAGUUUGAUUUAUGAAGAAGGAAUCAAAAAGCAACUCUUGGAUUAUGUUUCAACAGCGAUUUUCUUUUCUGACAAAAAUGUUGACAGCAAUCUGGUUGCCUGGAAUCGUGUCGUCUUGCUUCACGGGCCUCCAGGAACCGGGAAGACGUCUCUGUGUAAAGCACUUGCCCAGAAACUCUCCAUCAGAAUGUCGGGAAGAUAUUCCUAUGGACAAUUUGUGGAAAUCAACAGCCACAGUCUAUUUUCUAAGUGGUUUUCCGAGAGUGGUAAAUUAGUCACCAAGAUGUUCCAGAAGAUUCAGGAACUGAUAGAUGACAGAGAGGCUCUUGUUUUUGUCUUGAUUGAUGAGGUGGAGAGUCUGACAGCAGCGCGGAAUGCAUCUCAGGCUGGAACAGAACCUUCAGAUGCCAUCAGAGUGGUCAACUCCGUCCUCACACAGUUGGACCAGAUCAAACGCUAUCCAAAUGUGGUUAUCCUCACUACAUCAAACGUAACAGAGAAGAUAGACCUGGCGUUUGUGGACAGAGCAGAUAUAAAGCAGUAUAUCGGCCUGCCUAGUGCCUCUGCCAUCUUCAACAUCUACCUUUCCUGUCUAGAGGAGCUCAUGAAGCGACAGGUCAUCUACCCAAGACAGCAGCUUCUGAACCUGGAGGAGCUGGACACCAUGGGCUACAUCGAGAGCGACGUGACCGGACUCAGCUUGCACCUGCAGGGAAUUGCGAGGAAGAGCACAGGCUUAAGUGGACGCACGCUGCGGAAAAUCCCCUUUUUGGCUCAUGCUCUUUACGCAAAGACCUCCGUAUUAACUGUUGAGAGUUUCCUGGACGCCAUGGACAAGGCUGUCGUUCAUCAGUUAAAGGAACGUGAGAAGCUGGUUAGCUGUUCAUGAGCAGAAGCUCAUAUGGCAGAUGUGGGUUUCUCCCGUUCUCUAGCUCACUGAGUAUUUGUAUUAACCUACCGACUGGUGUUUACUGAACAAUAACCAUCUUCUUUUUUUUUUUCGAAGAUCAAACUUAUUUGAACAGUUUGAAAAAAAAAUAGCACUUUGAGGAGAAAGUACUAUUUUUUUAAAAGUAAAGCUUUAUUCUUCUGUUUAUUUUACAUGACUAGCAAAAAGAUGGGAAAAGUAAUUCAAAUUUAAUUGCAUCUUAAUUGGAAGAGAGCGCUCCUGGCACCACAAUACGACCACACUAGCGCUGCAAUAUUGUCAGGACACCAAUUCCUUUUUGACAACUUACGGUUUGCUUUGUGUUGCUUUCAGUUUAGUUGUUAUUUUUACUCAACAUGUACAGAGAAACAGAUUUUGUUCCCAUUUUCAUGGUGUGAUUCUAGAACUGUUGGGGUGGUGAGCUGUGACCUUGGUUCCCAAAAGCAUCAUAGUGUCACAGGGAUCUUAAAAUAGUCCUGAAAACAUCUGUGCUUGAACCAAGAAUGAUGUUUGUUGUUGUUUUUGUAUAUGUUUAUUUAAAUACUUUCAUUAAAAUAAGGCAAAAAAUACAAACUUAACUUACUUUACAUGUGGCCUUCUGCACCUUAUCACCACUAGGUGGCAUGUAGGGACUAAGUUCUUACACAGAUUUUGUUCCCCACAUUACACAGGCUUGUCCUGCUAUCCCCUAGAUGGGUAUUAAACUGGCCCUCCAAACAAGAGCCAUUUAACUAGCUGAAAAUGUCUUACCCACGUCUUGUGGUUUCCUGUUCAAAUGUUAGCCAUCCCGAAUGAAUCAUUGCCUGUGUAAACAUAAAAAUUGUUUAAUAUGUAAUAAUUUAGAAAAAUACUGACCUAUUCAAACUUUUUCUUCUCCCACCUCUAUUACUGUAUAUGAAAUUAAUUUAAAAGUAUUAAAUUACUACGUAUCGGUUGCUGGUGUUCACAUUAUAAUUAUUCAAUUAUAAGGGCAUGUAAUCGAUGAUUAAUUACCAUUGUAACCAAAUCCUUGCAGUGUGUCUUAGCCCCGCCCUCGGCGGUGGCGUAGCACAUGGUCUUUGUUUACGUUCCCUUUUCUGUUUGUUCUUCGUUUUUGUUUAUGGCGACGCCCCACGCAGCGGGUUGGCCUCAGUGUCCGCAUCACUUAUGUGCUAUUAUAUCAUUAUGCUGUUCCUUUUAUUAACAAUUUCUGUUUGUAUGACUAUUGUCAGUCAAUGAUAAUGUUACAUUGGUUGUCUUUAGACCUGGUUAGUGCACUUGUUCGGUUUCGUUUCAUCGUUAAACUGUUCUGUUGGAAACUUGCGUUUUCGGGCAUGGAAGUCCCGGUGUUGUCUCGGGAGACGUGGACGAUUCCCUGGUGCUCGUCGAGGAUGUCGGAGUCACUGCCAUCCACUCCAUGCCCGUCCUGCCAGUUGACCUGUGCCAGCUUUCUCCUCAGAGGCAGGGAGCCUGGAUGUGAGCUCCACCCGGAGAAGAACCCUAGCCAAAGCCACCGUAGCCUACCCCUACAACUGAAGUUUUGGUGACUGGAACUGCCUCAUUUCCAGGAUGGGAUAAGUGACAUUUUUGGGGGGUGGUCUAGGGGCCAACCGGUCUGAGCGUGGCCGCUAUGUGGGUAUCCGCAUGUGUUUCACAUGUUCUUUGUCUUGUUUUAUUGCCACGCCACACUUUGGUGCUGCAUGUCUGCCUUUAGUGUCCGCAGCUGUAUGACUUGUGCGUUAUGUCAGUGUUUUUUUAUAAGCCCUUUCUUAUAAAACACCGUCGACGCUCACUGAUAAUGUUACAUGGCCUUUCCUUAAUGCUGGUUGGUGCGUUUUUGUUUUUUUGGUUCGAUUUAGUUUUCGUUAGUUUCAGUAAACAUGGAGAUUCGUCUUUGCGUCCUUUUUUUUCUUGCGCGUUCAACGCCCGUGACAGCAUGGAAAGCUAGGUUUUUUCAUGUUUUGCCAAAAAAACGCUGCCACAACAUUCAUUGUCUCGGAGCCAACGAACAGUUCGCAAAUCUGCCGCGCAUAGUUGCACAACUACUUACUGUAGUCUUUCAAAUCACCAUGUGUAAUUAAAGUCACAUCAGGAGCCAAAGGACGUGUGUAAGGGUGGAGGUGGACAGAAGGAGAGCAAAAACAUGCCUGAUACCUACAUAAUUGCAAUGUCUGGAGGCGGUUUUCUUUUCUUUUUUUUUCGCUACUCGGUUAUUCAAAAGUCAGCCGACUGUUUCAAUACAAGCGCUAAAGAAAGGAGGAGGAGAAACAAAUCAAAAGGCUUCUUGUACAGUCCCAUGUGGUUAGAAAUUGCCAGAAAGUUCUAAACGAAAUAAAUAUGUUUGUCUCCUCA